AUGACCAACUCGAUUGUGGCAGCAGUUUCACGUGAUGUUUCCUACCUGCAGUCCCUCAGGUCCGACCCCGAUGCUGGCGGCUCAGAGAGCACCACCGUGGGAGUGGAGCCGCAGCAACAGGCAAGCGCAGAGGUGGACCGCCGAGCCGCCCGGCGGAAGAGCCAACUGAGCACGCUCACCAGCGCCCUGGCCACAGUGACGCAGGAGAAGUCUCGGAUGGAGGCGAACUUCCAGGCCGACAAGCGCCAGCUGAAGCAGGAGGUGGAGGAGCUGCAGGAGCGCCUGGUCGCCGUGACCACGCAGCAUGAGGCGGAGCUGCAUGCCCUGCAGCAGCAGUUGGCUGAGAGCCGCGCUCGCAUCAUCACGCAGCAGCACGAGAGGGAGCAGGAGCAGGGAGACCACGUCCAGCAGCUGCGAGAGCUGCAGCGGAUCCUGCAGCAGGAGAGAGACCUGCGACAGGAAGCAGAGCUCCGCCUACAGGACGCCAACGCCACGCUCCUCAUGACAUCACAAGCCGUGGACCGGGGGGCAGAGUCUGAGGCUCACCUGAGCAAGGUGAGGGAGGAGAGAGAUGAGCUGAGGAGGAGGCUGCAAGCCGCCGAGGAGGACCAGAAGAAACCAGAUCCCAGAGUGGACGAACUGCAGCGAGAGCUGACAAAGCUGAAAAACCACUUCCAGCAGCAGUUCCACAACGAGACCAGGAAGGCGUGUGAUGCGGAGGAGCGUGCGCGUGAGCGCGCUCAGGCGGCAGAGGUGAGGGUUGCCGGUCUGGAGCAAAGAGUCUCUGAACUGUCGGAGCUGCUGGGAUCCUGUGAGAAGAUGAGGCAGAGAGACCAGCAGACCGCUCAGAGGCUCAGGGACCGGAUCCUGCAGCUCGAUACGGAGAACAAAACGCUCGCCAUCGCCGCCUCCAGCAGGACGACCUCUGACCUCGGCGUGGACGAGUCUCAGCUGGACGUCAGCUUGCUGAGGGACAAGCUGGAGAAGGUGAAGAAACUGCUGCAGCUAGCGGCUCAGAGGAACCAGGACCAGAAUAUCCAGAUCCAGAACCUCGUGGAGACCGAGGCUGAGCUCAGCGGAGACAAAGGCUCGGCGCUGUUCUACCAGCAGGAGCUGCGGCAGCUCAAGGACGAGUUUGAGCGCUACAAGCUGCGAGCGCAGGUGGUGUUGAAGAACAAGAACACCAAAGAUGGCUGCCAGGCCAAGGAGCUGGAGGAGAUCCGGGACCAGCUGUCAGAGCUGAAGGAGAAGUACAUCAACCUGCGGAUCCAGAGCGACGAGGCCGAGGCCCGACACCGCCACGAGCUGGAGGAGCGGCAGCAGCAGGCGGCGGCGCUGCAGCAGACUCACAGACAGGAAGUGGAGAGGUUGGAGGCGCUGCACCGCGACGACCUGCUGCGCCUGGAGGCGGAGCUUCACAAACAGAGAGAGAGAACCAUGGCGCUCCUGGACGAGAAAGACCAGGAGCUGGAGAGGCUGCGGACCGCCGCGCUCAGCUGCAGCAGCGACACGGACAAGAUGGUCGCCGACGACCACGAGUCUGGCCCCGAGAGCGAGGGUGACAUCAUCAGCCAGGCCCUGCAGCGAGCGACGCCCAACGAGCCCACACUGCUGCUGUACGCCGAGCAGCUGGCCAGGAAGGAGGUGGAGGCGGCCGGCCUGCGGCGCCAGAAACACCGGCUGGAGGAGGACCUCCACCAGCUGCAGGCGAGGCUGAUCGCCAACGGAGAGCGACACGACGAGGAGGUGUACGAGCUGCGAGGACAACUCGACAAGCUGAUCAGAGAUCAGAGCAGAGAGGGCGCCAACAUGGAGUACCUGAAGAACGUCAUCUACAAGUUCCUGACACUGCAGGACGCCAGCGGGAGGCAGCAGACGCUCACCGCCAUCCUGACCAUCCUGCACUUCAGCCCGCAGGAGAAACUCAGCGUCAUGAGGCUGCAGGGGGCGACCUGGUGGACCGCCGGCAAGAGAUCCUAAAACCCCUGAAGAAGAAUCUGUAGUUUCUUAAACCUCUGACAGGAUGUUGAUAUGAAGGGGGCUGUAGUUUCCUGAUGAUCAUGUGACGUUUAAAUUCAUAGAAAAACUUGAUGAAGUUCGGUUUCUGUCAGCUGCUCCUGUAUGAACAGCUGUGAGAAACUCAAAUCACUCAUGUAUAUUUUUGAUUCCCUUGUUGAAAUUAAACUUUUUCCUGCUUCACAAA